AUGGCAUCAAGGGGCAUGUCGUCCAAUAACCACGACACCAGCAUCGCCAUGGCAAAAGCACUCCUUCCCCUAACUCUCACGGGGGGUUUCUUGGGUGUGCUGAGUACAGCAUGGCUCCGUGCGGUCAACAGCAAUGUCCCGUCUCCUUACAUGGACGAGAUAUUCCACAUUCCCCAGGCGCAGCAGUACUGUGCAUCUGAUUUCUACACCUGGGACCCGAAGCUUACCACGCCGCCGGGACUGUACGUCUUUUCGCUGCUGCUGAAGCCUGCGACACGCGCGGGGUGCACGGCCGCGGAGUUGCGUGAAAUCGGUGCUGUGGCGCUCGCGGCAUUAUUGGUGGUGUGCUAUUUUCUACGGAGGUCAUUGAGUGGUGAUGGGAAGCGUGUGAAUCGGUCGUGGCAAGUCGCGCAUGAGGCGUUGAAUGUGUGCCUAUUCCCGCCGUUGUUCUUUUUUUCAGGGCUGUAUUAUACGGACGUGCUGUCUACACUUGUGAUUGUGGUGGCGUAUUUUGCAUUCCAGCGGGGCGCAGGUGGUGCAUCUGUUGGAGGGGGGCUGCUAGCUUAUGGGCUGGGCGUUGUAGGAUUGGUGAUGCGGCAAACGAAUGUUUUCUGGGUAGGCGUCUUUCUGGCAGGGAUGGAGUGGGUUAGAACUUGUACGGAUAUGGCAGCAAAAGGGCCAACUCGGGGAGGGCAAGGGAAAGACGCAAGUUUGAUAGAAAGGGUGCUAGGCCCGUAUACGCGUGGCGAACUGCAUGAUCCGUCAAUCGAGGAAGCCGGUCCUUUGGAUUUUCUCUACUGCCUCAUUAGCAUCGGCAUAUCAGCCGUAAGCCACCCGAUAAUCGUAAUUUCUCGGCUAUGGCCCCAGAUCGCACUCCUCCUUUCCUUCGGGGCCUUUGUCGUCUGGAAUGGCGGCGUCGUAUUAGGCGACAAAUCAAACCACGUUGCGACCCUCCAUCUGACGCAAAUGCUCUAUCUUUGGCCUUUCAUAGCCUUCUUCUCCUUCCCCCUAUUUCUUCCUACCGUCAUCACCGCCCUCUCUCCGACCUUCCCUAGAGCCAGCACUCUCGCCUGGGCCCUCCUCGCUAUUGCGCUCAGCCUGGUCAUCGUCCAUUUCAACACGCUCAUUCAUCCUUUUACCCUCGCCGACAAUCGGCACUACAUGUUCUACGUCUUCCGGUACACGAUCUUGCGGCACCCACUAAUAAAAUACGCGCUCGCACCGAUAUACAUCCUCUUCGGGUGGUUCGUACUACGUACGCUCUAUAGACAUGAGCCAAUUUCCUUUGGUACUACUACAGGCCUACAAGAAACACGACGACAGGGGAAACCGUCCUGUUCUGCAAUGCAAAAGAGCGAGAGAAAUCCAGCAGCGGAGACGAAGACAUCGUUUGCGCUCAUCUGGCUCCUUACCACAGCUUUGUCACUAAUUACCGCCCCUCUUGUCGAGCCACGAUAUUUUAUUCUUCCGUGGGUGAUAUGGCGGCUGCAUGUACGGCCUAGCCACGGGUCCCUCGCAAGUGUGAGUGUGGAGUGGACUAGGUUAUGGGGAGAGACGCUGUGGUUUCUCGUAGUGAAUGUUGGAACAUGUGCUGUGUUUUUGGGGAAGGAGUUUGAGUGGGCGAGUGAGCCAGGGAGAGUGCAGAGGUUUAUGUGGUAA